CAGGGAAUUUAUAUCUUAACACGGAGGAGAGAGCUUAAUAACUCAUUUUACAUUCAAAUUUAAGAGAAAGAAACGUAUUUUUAAAUUUUUUUAGCUACUUUUUGAACACUACACACACACGGCCACACUAUUGCCUUACGUCGUUUCUUUCGAUAAUUCCCGCCUCUUCUGGGCAUUGAGUAAAUUUCGCGAAAUAUUUGUUUACCAAUUGAAUAUUUUGAAACUAAGAAGUCUCAACGCAUUGGCAAGCAGGAUGAGUGCCAGUAACAAAAGCGGUUACAAGACACCGCUUAAGCAAAACCUCAAGUCAAUCGAGAACAUUACAAAUUCAGAGGAAGGUUCGGAGGAUCUGGACACGGCUAUUCUUGAGGAUACCGGGGAAUCGCAAUCCCCGGUUACCAGGCGCCGUUCUACCCGUCGUCCGAGUCCCACCAAAAAAUACCAAGCCUACAAAGACGAAACCAACGGAAAAGACCAGGAGGAGCGCAUAGUGCUGAACUAUGUGGAAAUGUCAGAUGAAAUGGCCAGUGAGACGGAGGAUCAGGAGCAUGAAGAAGAAAUCAUAGACGAGUCUGAGAAUGCAGACCGACCAACGUCCAAGGAUAUCCAUCUUCUGCAGUCCGAGUACAAUGUGGCUGGCACCAGCAUGUUUGGCUUUAAUACUCCAAAAAAACGCGAUGGCAUGGCCAUGGCUGCCUUAAAGGCCACUCCCCGCACGCCAAAGACACCUAAAACUCCGCGAUUGGGAGUCAAAACGCCGGACACCAAGCGAAAGAAGUCCACGGAUCAGCCUAAGACACCAGCUCAUGUGCGCAGCCGUGUGAAGAAUCAUAUCGCCAAAAUGGUGGUCGACUCAGAUGCUGAUUUCUCCGGAGAUGAAAGCGAUUUCCAGCCCAGUGAUGGGGAAUCAUCCUCCAGCAGUAACAGUAGUAGCGAUGGCGGCGAUUCGUCAGACAAUGAUGCAGCCGAUGAUGAGCCCAAGACGCCCUGCCCUGCAAGGCGCACAAUUGUGGUGCCUGUAUUACCGAAAACGCCAUCGGCAGCUCGACUCCGGCAAUCGGCGAGGGCCAAAAAGUCAAAUGAGUUUGUGCCCGAAAGCGAUGGCUACUUCCAUUCGCAUGCCAGCAGCAAAAUCCUCACAUCGGAUCACACAUUGGAUCGUCUGAAAAAUCCCCGACUGGCUGCCGAUCGAGUCUUUAGUUUGCUAUCUGAAAUCAAGCUAUCCACGGAGCACGAGGGAUCCAUAAAUGCCAUUAUGGAGGAGUAUCGCUCAUAUUUUCCCAAGUGGAUGUGCAUUCUGAACGAGGGUUUUAACAUACUCCUGUACGGAUUGGGCUCCAAGCGACAGUUGCUGCAGUCAUUCCACCGCGAGGUUUUGGAAAAACAAACUGUGCUGGUGGUGAAUGGUUUCUUUCCAAGUUUAACACUAAAGGAUAUGUUGGACAGCAUCACAAGUGAGAUAUUGGAUGCGGGCAUUAGUCCGGCCAAUCCACACGAAGCGGUGGACAUGAUCGAAGAGGAGUUUUCUUUGAUACCUGAAACACAUUUGUUUUUAAUUGUUCACAAUUUGGAUGGAGCUAUGUUGCGGAAUAUAAAGGCACAGGCGAUUCUAUCGCGACUGGCGCGAGUGCCAAACAUCCACCUACUGGCCUCUAUCGAUCACAUAAAUACGCCAUUACUUUGGGAUCAAGGAAAACUGAGCAGCUUUAACUUCUCGUGGUGGGACUGCACAACCAUGCUGCCGUACACGAAUGAGACUGCCUUCGAGAAUUCCCUGCUGGUGCAGAAUUCUGGCGAACUAGCCCUCUCCUCGAUGCGCAGCGUAUUCUCCUCGCUGACAACCAACUCGCGUGGUAUCUACAUGGUGAUUGUUAAAUACCAACUUAAGAACAAGGGCAACGCCACAUACCAAGGGAUGCCGUUCAAAGACCUGUAUUCGAGUUGUCGCGAAGCCUUCUUGGUCAGUUCAGAUCUAGCCCUGCGCGCACAGCUUACCGAGUUUCUCGAUCACAAAUUGGUCAAAUCGAAGCGAAACGUUGACGGUUCCGAACAGUUAACCAUUCCCAUAGAUGGCGGACUGCUGCAACAGUUCCUUGAGGAGCAGGAGAAGAAAUAAGAAGAAGCCAUCCAUGUAAUUUUAGAACAUAUUAAUUUAUUAUCUAAUAUUGUUAAAUACAAUUACAAUUUCGCUUUUAAAAAUGUCGUGUUGCUCUGUCUGUCUGUCACUUGAAUUGCCCAUAAGUGCAGAGUUUCUUUCGUUCUUGGUUUGUCAAUUUCUACACAUUUAGAUUGGCAUGCAUAAAAGUUGUUGUCGGUUUUACUAGAUACACAUUUUAGAUGGCUAGUUUUGUCUUUCCUUAAACUGAUUUCGCUCCUAUAUUGCGCGAGCUGUGCUACACAAAACUUAACACUCCUUAAGUGCUUCUCCUAACUUCAGGGAUGACCGUAAUUUAUAGAUUAGUUUACGAUUUUAGUUGAGGCGUAAAAUAAAAAUAUAGCUAAAGCAUUGGCCAAAUUAAUAGAACUCCCUAGGCGGUCAUCCCGUGCUCCCAUCCAUUUCCAAAGGCUAAUAUCGGUUACCUAUUUACUAUACAGACACGCACGUACACAGAUUAAAGCAUUGGACUUGUAACUAGUUAAUUGUGCACUCGAAACAAAAAUAUGUAAUUGCUGCGACUAAGUCUAGAGUUUAUUUACACACUUUUCUUGAUAGCAAAUCACAUGCGAAGUCAAUCGGAAGUACACAUACAAUGGAAAUCGUUCAUAGUUUGCUAGCGUUUGCUCAUCAUCUCCUAUCAAUAUUAUUAUUUAACUUUAUUGCAAAAAUUCUAUCCUUUCCUGAAUACCUGAAUUGUACACAUACGAUCUGCAUUUUUGUAGCAUAUAAAAAUGUCAACUCUUUCUGCGUUGCUGGUUUUCCCUCUUGUUUUUAAUAGUUAGAUAAAUUGUUUAUCACGUUUUAUUUUACUCGUACUUCUUUAACCUUUGUUUGUUUUGUGUGGAAAAUUGUUGAAAUGUUCUGAAACAAUCAGAAGAGAAACCCAAGCCCAAGAGAAUCUCCCCUUUUACAAAAUGAAUCGGAUGCAUUAAUGUUUUUUUUUUUUUUUUUUUUUCAGUUUUUAUCUGCUUACUAUACACAAAUUGCUACUGUUUGCUUUUAUUUCGACAAUGUUUCGUUUGUUUUUAUAGUUUUUUGUACAACAAAUUAAUUACAUUUUGCGCUUAAACAAAGAGAAACAAGUUUUUCGGAUUUCGAAUACUUAAAGAAAGAAUAGAAGAAUAGAAGCAACGAAAAACUAAAAGUAAAGAAGUGAAAUUCAGCGAUAAAUAUUGAAAUAUAUAGAGAAAUAUAUGGUGGGGGGACGACAGUGGAGUGGGUGGGUGUGUGUGGGCGUGCAAUUAAAACCUUGAAUGCUUUGAAAAUUGUUCCGAGUUUACAUAUACACAAUAUAUAAAUCAACUUCAUUAUCAUAUCCGUAUCAUUACUCAUUUACUCGUUACUCGUUACUCGUUACUCAUUAGUCAUAC